CGUAACGGGCCUUUGCCCGGGGCCUCGUCACUCAGCAUAAUCGAAUUCACCCAAUACUCCAACCCGGAAGUGAAUUUACCUUGGUCCUCGGAAGAAGACAUUUGAGUGAGAAAUAAGUAACGCAGAAACGUGAUGGUUUGAAGCCGAAGGGCGUCUAUAAAUUGUAGUAUUAUUCAUUGUGUUUUUAUCAAAAUGUCCAAACUACAGCUGUUGAAUGUGUUUAUCACCGAGCGUUUAACAACAGCAGCAGUGGAGAUAUUUGGUUCAGCAGAAAAGACAUUAGCAGAGUACCAGGAGCGACUGACAACAGCGGCGGUGGAGAUAUUUGUUGUGGUGGAAAAGACGAUCGCAGAGGUUCAGGGAGAGAACGACCGUCUACGAGGGCUUCUUCUGGGUCAUUUAGGUGCAGAUCCCCAGCAGCUAAAUCUCCCCGAAGAGGAGGUUUCCCCUAAGCAGCAGCAUUGUGAGCAGGAGUGGAGCCCCAGUCCGGGGCAGGAGGACCCAGAGCCCACACAGAUUACAGAGGAACAGAAGGAACUCAAGACCAGUCAGGAGGAAGAGCAGCUUCAAAGACUUAGGUCUGCUACCACAGAGGUUGUACAAUUGAUAUUUAUUCCUCCCUGUGUGGAAAGUGACUGUGACCAGGACAGCAAGACGGACUCUCUACCCUCCAACACAACUGAACAGACCCAAUCAGCAUUGGAUGACGAGGACUACAGAGCAUCACAACUAUCCAGUCACUUUCAUCCCCUCUCUACAGUAAAUCCACACUGUUCUGCAGCUCUGAGUGAAAUCAUUGUAAGUAUUGAUGAAGACGAGGGUGAAGAACUACCGUCAAGGUCAAAGAGAACACGGGAAAAGAAAAAACAAAUCUCUCAAGUCUGCACUGAGGCCAAGACAACCAGUGAGCUGAGAGCACCUUUAAAGUCUCACACAAACAGGAGACCAUGCAGGUGUCGUGUGUGCAGUAAAUGCUUUAAGACACCGGGCCCUUUAAAAGUACAUUGGAGAAUUCACACAGGGGAGAAAUCACACCGCUGUCCUUUUUGUUGUCGAAGUUUUAAGUCAUUAAACGUUCUACAACUACACCAGAAAGUUCACACUGGGGAGAAAGAUAGACCACACCAAUGUCCUGUGUGCAAUUAAUCCUUUUUUGGCAUA